UAUAUUUCAAUAUCUGGUUUGGGCGUGAUCAAAGACCAGAAACUGGAUUAGCAAAGUAGGCGUGAAUUCUUAGAGCAGCAGUUGAUGCAGAGGAUGUUUAUUGGGCGCUAGGACCCAGGGGACGUGUUCUCAUUCUCACAAGGCACAAUGCAAUUUGCAUGCGUUUGUUCUGCAAGGCAAACACUGGUGUAUGAGUGAAACCUAAACCCCCGGAAGAUCGAGGAACAGAGUCGCAGACACACUUGGUGUAGGAUCACUACCGUGAUGGGAAGCUUCCAGUCUUUGCCGGAUGACCAUCAAUAUCGAACCCUGUCACAGAAGACAGGCUUUUCACUGGAGCAGAUCGCAAUUCUCCACAAUCGUUUUAAGCAGCUCAGCCAAAACGAGGAAACAUUACGGAGAGAUGACCUUAAAACAAUCCAAGACCUGGAAAGCAACCCAAUUCGGUCCCAGAUUAUAGAAGCUUUCUUCGAUAGAAGGAACUUCCAGAAAGAUGGUGUGGGAUCUGUGGAAGAAAUUGGUUUUGAGGAAUUCCUUACCGUCAUGUCGUACUUCAGAGCACCAGCCCAUCAUAUCACAGAGGAGCAGAGAGAAGAAAUGAGAAGAGCCAAACUGCGCUUUCUGUUCAACAUGCAUGACACCGACAAUGAUGGAACCAUAACACUGGAGGAAUACAGACAUGUAGUAGAGGAGUUGUUGUCCCGUAGUGGAGCUCUUGGAAGAGAGACAGCUAAGGGCAUUGCAGAUGCUGCAAUGCUGGAGGUGGCCAGUAUCUCAGUAGGUCCCAUGGCACCUGAUGAGUUCUACGAAGGAAUAACAUUUGAGCAUUUUUUGAAGAUUCUUAAAGGAAUUGAAAUCGAGACAACAAUGCACAUUCACUUCUUAAACAUGGACACAUCUGUUUUGUGCAAGUAACAUUCUGUCUAGGUACUGCCGGUUAAAUGUAGAUUUUCCGGUAAAAUAAGCACUUUAUUAGAUGAGGCUGGAUUAGAAUAGUUUGGAUAGAUCUCUAGUUCUAUGAACUAUUUGUAGGAUGCUCAGAGUAUUUUACAAAGGUUGAAAAGCAAUAAGAAAAGUGUGUAUUUGAAUCUGAAACUCCUUGCUUUGCAUGCACAUAUUACAUAAUUAUGGUACGAUAAAAUUAAAACUAUGCAGGCAUGUAUUAAUUAAUUUAUUUUACUUCAUUUUUGUAAUUAUUUUGAUUAUCUCUUUAUUCUAAAAUAACCUAUAUACCCUACUAUUCCCAAAAAAAUUGAAUGCUUAUAACCAAAUGCAAUCGUAAUAUAUUUUCACUGAAAUAAUAAUCCUGAAUAGAGCAAUCAUAUUAUUAACACUGUGAUAUAGCAAUAGCAAAAUUUUGUUUGCUUUUUUAUGUGCAAUUCUAAUAAAUUAAAACAAUACUUGAAUCCAUACUCUCAAGAAAACUGCAGUUACUCCUAUCAACCAGCAGAUAUCGCUAAUGUCACAGCUUUGUUUAUGUCAGUCGAUAUACUGUAGAAAUACUCAGGAACUUGUACAACCAAUAAGCAUGUAUCAGCAUGUUCUUCUUGCAAGGGCAAUUAGAAGUGUGUCAACAAACAUUAUAUUACAAACAAUACAAAAUAUUCUAAAACAAUUAAUGACACUAUGACAACGAUAAUCUGUAACUGGACACCAAAGACCUUUAAUCAAUAUCAGCAGCCACGCAUAGUUCAAUGACAACAAACUCUGAGACAUAGAGCUGAAGUUGUGCUGUGUUAGCAGUUAUAAAUAGCACUUGGAUUGUAUAGAUGUAGCUUAAACGGUAGAAAUAAACUGUGUAAAUCAUUUUAUUUGCAAAAAUGAAACUGGCAUUUACUCUGUGAAAGUGCAAAAAUGUCUCAAAAUGAAGAAAUGAAUUCAUGUUUCUUCUGGUAACCUUAAAAAGGAAAAAAGACUGUAUAUGCACCCACUGUGUAUUGAAUCAACUUGCAACUUGCAUUUACCACAAUAAAACUGUAUCUUGCAACACUGAA